AGGGAAACGAACUCUGUUUUAUCUUCUUCUUCAGAGACGUUACCAGAGAGGGAGAGGCAUGAAUGGCUUCUCUUCCUUUCAACACUAUCCCAAUUAAGCUUCCGUACUCAGUCUCAACAAAGCCUCCUUCUAAACAUCACGAUGAACAACAAGCUCAUCAUUCUCCUUCUUCCACGUCUUACUUUCACCGCGUUUCGUCUCUAUGUAAGAGCGGUGAGAUCAAAGAAGCUCUGAGUUUAGUUACGGAGAUGGGUUUCAGAAACCUACGCAUUGGUCCCGAGAUAUACGGCGAAAUCCUCCAAGGAUGCGUUUACGAGAGAGAUUUGAGUACGGGGAAGCAGAUUCAUGCUCGGAUUUUGAAGAAUGGUGACUUCUACGCGAGGAACGAGUACAUCGAGACCAAAUUGGUGAUCUUCUACGCAAAGUGCGAUGCUUUGGAGAUCGCUGAAGUGCUCUUCUCGAAAUUGAGGGUUCGUAAUGUUUUCUCCUGGGCAGCUCUCAUUGGUGUGAAGUGUAGGAUUGGGUUGUGUGAAGGAGCUUUGAUGGGUUUUGUUGAGAUGCUUGAAAAUGAGAUUUUUCCUGAUAAUUUCGUGGUUCCGAAUGUUUGUAAAGCGUGUGGUGCGUUGCAGUGGAGUCGAUUUGGGAGAGGGGUUCAUGGGUAUGUGGUAAAAUCUGGUCUUGCGGAUUGUGUGUUUGUGGCUAGUAGUUUAGCUGAUAUGUAUGGAAAAUGCGGUGUUUUGGAUGAUGCGCGGAAGGUGUUUGAUGAUAUUCCUGAGAGAAAUGUGGUUGCUUGGAAUGCGUUGAUGGUUGGUUAUGUGCAGAAUGGGAUGAACGAGGAAGCGAUUAGGCUUUUAUCUGAUAUGAGGAAGGAAGGUGUUGAGCCUACUCGUGUCACUGUCUCGACUUGUUUAUCUGCUUUUGCAAAUAUGGGUGGGGUUGAAGAGGGGUUACAGUCUCAUGCCAUUGCUAUUGUUUAUGGACUGGAGCUGGAUAAUAUCCUGGGGACAUCUUUGUUGAACUUCUAUUGCAAAGUUGGUUUGAUAGAGUAUGCUGAGAUGGUUUUUGAUCGGAUGUUUGAUAAGGAUGUGGUAACAUGGAAUCUGAUUAUAUCUGGGUAUGUUCAACAAGGUCUAGUUGAAGAUGCUACAUACAUGUGUCAGUUAAUGAGACGAGAGAAGCUGAAAUAUGAUUGUGUCACUUUGGCGACGUUAAUGUCGGCAGCUGCACGUACUGAGAAUCUGAAAUUCGGGAAAGAGGUGCAGUGUUAUGGCAUUAGACACAGUCUUGAAUCUGAUAUCGUUUUGGCUAGCACCACGAUGGAUAUGUAUGGCAAAUGUGGAAGCAUUGUUGAUGCUAGGAAAGUGUUUGAUUCCACAGUAGAGAAAGACUUGAUACUGUGGAAUACGUUACUUGCAGCCUAUGCAGAGUCUGGUUUUAGUGGAGAGGCUUUGAGAUUGUUUUAUGAGAUGCAGCUAGAAAGUGUACCACCAAAUGUGAUAACAUGGAAUUUGAUCAUUCUAAGUCUUCUAAGGAAUGGUGAGGUCAAUGAGGCCAAGGAAAUGUUCUUGCAGAUGCAAUCCUCAGGCAUCUCUCCAAAUAUAAUCUCGUGGACGACUAUGAUGAAUGGUAUGGUACAAAAUGGUUGCAGUGAGGAGGCGAUUCUUUUUCUUAGAGAGAUGCAAGAAUCCGGGCUGAGACCAAAUGCAUUUAGCAUCACUGCAGCUCUCUCUGCAAGCGCAAAUCUAGCAUCAUUGCAUUUCGGAAGAUCAAUCCACGGAUACAUCAUAAGAAAUCUACAGCAUUCCUCUUUGGUUUCUAUUGAAACUUCUUUGGUUGACAUGUAUGCUAAAUGUGGAGAUAUAAACAAAGCAGAGAGGGUAUUUGGAAGUAAGUUAUACAGCGAGUUGCCCCUCUACAAUGCCAUGAUCGCGGCGUAUGCAUUAUAUGGUAACGUGAAAGAAGCAAUGGCUCUGUACAGGAGCUUGGAAGAUUUGGGGAUUAAACCAGAUAGUAUAACAUUCACAAGCCUUUUAUCUGCUUGUAACCAUGCUGGGGAUAUUAACCAAGCUAUAGAGAUUUUCACUGAUAUGGUUUCAAAACAUGGCAUGUAUCCAUGCUUGGAACAUUAUGGACUAAUGGUAGAUCUUCUUGCAUCAGCUGGAGAAACUGACAAGGCCAUAAGGUUAAUUGAGGAAAUGCCAUACAAGCCAGAUGCAAGAAUGAUCCAAUCUUUGGUUGCUUCUUGCAACAAGCAGCAUAAGACUGAGCUUGUGGACUACUUAUCAAGGCAUCUGCUUGAAACUGAGCCUGAAAACUCUGGUAACUAUGUGACGAUAUCGAAUGCUUAUGCGGUCGAAGGAAGUUGGAAUGAAGUUGCGAAGAUGAGAGAGAUGAUGAAAGCUAAAGGUUUGAAGAAAAAACCUGGGUGCAGUUGGAUACAGAUUAAAGGAGAAAAAGAAGGUGUCCAUGUGUUUGUUGCCAAUGACAAGACACACAUUAGGAACAAUAAGAUACAAAGGAUUUUGGCAUUGUUACUAUAUGAUAUGCGUUCUGAUGUCAAAUGAUAUUAUGUGUAUGAGACAUUAUAAAUUAGUAUGUAUAUUCACAAUCUCAAGAAUUGAAUAUAUGUUUAUCAUCCA